CGUACGAUCGGAACAUCAAUGGGCGGUCAGAGUGUAAGAUGGCGGACUGCGAGUCGGAGGAGCAGCAGCAGCAGCGGUUGCCAGCCGCGGCGGACGAGGACGUAACGAGGACGGGCAGCGUGACGAUGAUCAACAACGGACGCGUGCCCCAGCACCCGGUGGGCCAGGUGAAUCCGAUCGGUCAGGGGCCGAGAUGCGUGACCAUUUACAAAACCGAGACUGGCUUCGGGUUCAACGUACGCGGCCAGGUCAGCGAGGGUGGACAACUGAGAAGCAUCAACGGGGAACUGUACGCGCCGCUUCAGCAUGUCAGCGCUGUGUUACCCCGAGGUGCAGCCGAGAAAGCCGGCGUACGUAAAGGCGAUCGUAUCCUCGAAGUGAACAACGUGAACGUCGAGGGAGCCACCCACAAACAAGUGGUCGACUUGAUCAAGUCCGGGGGCGAUGUUCUGACGUUGACCGUCAUUUCCGUGACGCCGCAGGAGGCGGAACGACUGGAGCCGUUCGAGGAUCUUAGUUACGCGUCGGUGGACUACAGCGAGAAACGUUCCCUGCCUAUCAGCGUGCCGGACUAUCACGUCCGCGAGAGGAAACACGAACGUUAUGUUGUCUUCAACGUCCAUAUGGCCGGCCGACACUUGUGCUCCCGUCGUUAUCGGGAGUUCGCCGCGUUGCACGUCGCGCUGAAGAAAGAGUUUAUCGGAUUCAACUUUCCGAAACUGCCCGGCAAAUGGCCGUUCCAAUUGAGCGAGCAACAGCUCGACGCGAGAAGACGGGGAUUGGAGCAGUACCUGGAGAAGGUAUGCGCGAUUCGUGUGAUCGCCGAGAGCGACGCGAUGCAAGAUUUCCUGACCGACAGACUCGAGGAGGACGGGGACCAAGGGCCCGCGGUCGAUCUGAAAGUUCUAUUGCCGGAUCGCGAGGUCGUCACCGUCACUGUCGCGAAAGCCGCGUCCGUGAAGGACGUGUACGACGCGGUCUGCAGUCGUGUCGGAAUGGACGCGGAAACGGCCAAGUACUUUUAUCUGUUCGAGAUCGUCGAGUACAAUUUCGAACGGAAGUUGCAACCCCACGAGCAUCCUCACACAUUGUACAUUCAGAACUAUUCGACCGCUAGCGCGACUUGCCUCGCGAUACGGAGGUGGCUAUUCAAUGUAAAUAGGCCGUUGAGCGAGCAAGCGUUGACAUGGAUCUUCUGGCAGACCAUCGACGAAGUGAACAGGGGUCACAUCACAGCUGGCGAACGGUUGUACCAGUUGAAAGCUCUGCAGGACGCGUCGAGGAAACACGAGUACCUAAAACUGGCGAAGGAGUUGAACGGUUACGGGGACAUCGUGUUCCCUCACUGCGCGUGCGAUUCCAGGAAGGAGGGACACGUAGUCGCCGCUGUCGGCGCGGCGGCGUUCAAGCUUCACGCGGCGAAGGAGGAUGGCACCUUGGAGUCGCAGGUUGUUGAGUUCCAAUGGAACACCAUCGCUCGAUGGGAGAUAGACGAGGAAGGUAUGGCGUUCUGCUUCCAGUAUACGCGCCAGGACAAUCGUCCGCCUCGUUGGCUCAAGGUCUUCACGCCUUACUACACGUUCCUGUCCGAUUGUUUCGAUCGAAUAGCCGAGGAAACAAAGUGGGACGAUCCAGGCGAAUGACGUAACGUCCGGCGUUAAAAGAUACGUUUCUGGUGCAUAAUACACGAGGAAGAGGGUGGGGACACGCCCGUGUACCGUUUCGUCGAAGAGUUCCGCUUGUUUGUGUCCUUUGUAGCCGGAACAGUUCGAUUAGAAUGACUGUUUUUUAACGGGAGGACCGCGGAGACACCAGUAAGACGCCACUGAGAAGUCAUAUCAGACUCUUGCUUGAUUCAACUUCCGCGACCUGUCUCUCGUGUUCAUUCGCCACGGUAUGUUGUUACACAUACACACACACACACACACACACACACACACACACACACACACACACACGCAC